UUGCAGAGGGUAGAACCUUCGGUCAUCACUUCUUGAAACGAAUGAGCUUUGCUGUGGUCCCAACGGCGUUCGUUGUUGGAGUCAUCACCACCCUGCUGUCCGCCCUCACAGUUGUCUCGAUGAAGGGAUUGGGUGUUGGAGUCAUUCUUCUAGUACUUGCCGUGUCGCAAAUCAUAGCAAGAAGCGCCAACCCAAUCCCACUUCCACCACCAGUCGCUUAUGCAGCUCCUGCGCCACCAUCCGUCCCGAUCCUGUACCAUAAGGACUGGUAGAUCAACCUCCACCAAAACUGAGCAGCCCCAGUGCCAAAUCUCUCCUCGUCACCGACUAGUUUUAAGACCUAAUUUAUUUCCUAUUUAUUGUAAUUUAUUGUACCUCAUCAUCACCUUCACCACCAUUGUUUAUACAUAAAUGCACGAUCGAUCGCGUGUCACGACUGACUACAAGUCCGGAAACGAAGGAAUUCCACUCGUCUAGUUCAGAGUUCACCAAACAAAUAAAGAAAAAGCAUGAAACACGCAAUGCUUUCGACUAAUUACC